UGCGUGAAAAAAAGUCCCAGAAUGUUCCCAUGAUGCACCUGUCCUGUUGGCACACCUGAGCGGCUGUAGUCAGUAGCACGCGGACUCAGUGAGCAGCAGGAGCGCGUCGAUGCAGUGAGGAGUCCGAACGGCUGAGAGCUACUGGUUUCCAGUGAGACAAGACUUCAAAAUCCCAGUUACAACAGGUUAGAGCUCAAAACUUGUAGAAAAGUGUCUUUCAACAGGACUUGAAUAUCACUUUUUGAUUAUUGAUUCUAAACCGUGAAGACCGAAGAGAAAAUAACGGCCGCACAGUCAGGGCCCUCUAAGAUCACGCGCGCGUUUGAAUUAACGGGUUUCUCGUAGAAAAUGUCAAACCGUUUAAGUGGUCAGGGUAUCACCUGCGCCGCCAUGUUGAAUCAAAAUUUAUGUUCGUCCAUUAGACAAACGACGUUUAAGUUAGCGGUUUUCUUCUUGUCAAAAAAGCCCAUGUAAAAUGUUCUUGAUAAUAUUUGUAAAAUCAUUAGUAUUGUUCGAUAUUACCCCUUCUACUCUCAUUAAAUGUGUCAUGUGUUGUUUCUCACGCUGUUUCUGGUGUUUUGGGUGUUGUUCAGUUGAACCAAACCUGUUUAUUAAGCCUCUUACCUGUCCGCACCUGUCUUUUGUCACUGUGUGCUCUCAUUUUCUCCAUAAACCAGUUUUCUGCCUUUGGUAUCCACAUCCAGUGCCCUGAUUUUUGGAUGUAUUAUCUUUGAUAUAUUCUUUAAUACACCCCACAUUAAACCAAUGGAGGUUGAACUGCUUGCAGGUGGUGAUGCUCCCGAUAAGUUUUGAGUUUACUUUGCACACAAAGGUCUCAUCUAAACUACUGUAAAUCUAUCAAAUCAACCAAGUACAAGAAAGAAAAACUAGUAGUCAUAGGCUUUUUUUAAUGCAAAGGCCAAAUUAAAGGGAAAUUCCGGCGUAAAAUUAAUCAUUAAUCAAGAGAUAAAUGUUGCAGACCACUUGCUUCUCUAGUUAUACCAACUUUAGUAAAGACCACAGAUAGCAAUACAGAGGGCCACUUGCUCAACCAAAACGCCACUCUGAAGUUACAAAUAAUGCUCAGAACAGCACCUAACUUCAUCAACAGUACAUUUAGGGUCCCAGCCAUAGUACUAGCCACCAAACAUCUUUUUAGCUUUGCCUGAUUUCUUUAGCAAGGUGACUAAACACAACUCACCUACUGUCUUCCAGCAGCCGCUUGUUUGUAGCAAGACCUCUGGGCGAGUCCAUUGACUGCAACGGGGUGAAGCAGCUCAAGGAAGAACAUGUAUUAUCAUUACUUCAUGGAAAUACAAUCAGACUGAGACGCUAAGGCAGAAGAACUACCGCCUCUGCAAUACAAAAUGAUUAAUAUGGUGAUUUUUACUUUGAGGAAAUGAUAAAGUAAUGAUCAUAAAUGUUCUUCCUUGAGCUGUGUCACCCCACUGCACUCGAUGGACUCGCCUGGAGGUCUCUGUACAAACAAGUGGCUGCUAGAAGAGUGUAGUGUUGUGUUUAGUCUCUUUGCUAAAGAAAUUAGGCAAAGUUAAAAAGAUGUUUGGUGGCUGGUGCUGUGGCUAGGACCCUAUAUGUACUGUUGAUGAAGUUAGGUGCUGUUCUGAGCAUUAUUUGUGGCUAUAGAGUGGCGUUUUUGAUGAGGCUUGUGUGUGGCUCCUGAGACAACUAUCCACUAUCGUGCGGUCGUUACUAAAGUUGAUAUAACUACAGAAGCAAGCGGUCAGCAACAAUCAUCUCUCACUGGGGUGUCUAACUCGGUGUUAUGGUGUGUUUGACCCUAAAUUAAUUUUAGGCCGGAAUAUCCCUUUAAGCUGUGGCAAAAAAGCUGUCCCAAAUUAUUUGCACAUUAGGGAUGGUAAAACAUCAUAUAAAGCAUUAGUCACUUGACUUUCCUCUCAUAAAUUAUAGCUACACCCAAAACUGUAACAAUGGAAUGUAAACACUUUUGAAAACAGAGAAAUCAGUCACGUGCCCAUUUAGCGGGUGCAUGUUGCUCUGGAACAUUUCUGGAUGGGGAGCGAAAACCUGGAGGACAUAUGAAAUACAGAGAAAGAGAGAACCAGUCUGUUCAGAUCUUUGCUCUGUCUGCGGUGACAUCACAUCUGCACAAAUAUGAGAGAACAUACUGUUCUGAAAACCUCAGCUCUUGUACCAGACGCAAUGAUAUAAUCUUCGUGAUGCAGCGAAUAUUUUGAUAUUACUGACAAGAAACAAUCAUUUGUGAGAAACAGCAGGAGAUUUUUGUUUUCUUUGGGUGAUAGAGGGAGCAGGAAACUCUUACUGUGUGGUAAUUGCAUGUUGCAACUUCUGAACCUGAACAAUGGUGCCAGCUCACAUGUAUCAAAAACUGCAGUACCUGUGGAGGCCAGUUGAGACAGAGUCCAACAGUGAGUCUACUGCAAAAGAGUUCAAUAGAAACAGGCCCAAAGUUAAAGUAGGUUUAAACAUGCUUGUAGCCUUGAAGCAGAUUUUUUAUAAAAGAUCACUUCCCCAUUGAGGAAAGCUUUACAUGAAGUAAUUAUUAAACUUGGAGCAUUUCCUGUAACAACUGUGAUACCUUUGUGUUGAUGUUUACAAAUCAUGUGACUUACAGAACUGACUGCCUACACAGUGUUAAGUUCUAGUGAGGUUUCAUUUAAUUGAUUUCAGAUUGAUGUUUGUUGUAAAUCAAUCCUUGACAAUCAGGAAGUGGUGACAACAGGCGUUUUCCAUGAGCACAGCUGACUAGUCACUUGAUAACAGACUGCUACUUGUGAUUUCAUUGUAAGAUUUCAAUAACAAGCCGUGUCUGCUUUUCCUGAACGCUAGAAGCACCACCUCCAUACGUGCAUGAGAAAGAUGCCCCUCUGUGCCAGCCUGCAUGCCCUGUAUGUGUGAGUGUGGGAGGGUAGGGGCUCAGCUUUAAUGUUCAGUGGAUUUAGGCAAAUUUGUGGAAGAUGCAAGAAUAGCAAUUGAUGUUGUCAUUGUCACAGGAUACUUCAGAAUAGUGAUGGUGACUAAUAGCAGCUUUUCAACAGCUGUUGCCAAUACUAAUAAUGAGAGAGUAUGUUAGCAGCUGGCUGAUGUGUAAUGUUGCUUUACUAGGUUACAUGACUGACAUUCAACGUCCUGCAGUGUGACAGUCACACAUGCACACAGAGCUAUUGCUAUGUUCAAAUGCUAAAUCGUUCAUCUCCAUGGUACAACAUCCCACUAUCUUUUUCUUCUUUGGUCAUGCUUUCAACUUCUACCUUGGCUGAGUCACUUCCACCCAUGUGACCCUCAUUCAUGUCAUUAGGGUCAUCCCAAGGAGUCUUGAAACUGUGACACGGACACGGUUAGUCAUAUAGACCGGGAAACAUGUUUUUGGCUCUGUAUUUUUCUAUUACAAUAUUCACACUGUUUCUGUGUUGAUAAUUGAAUCACAAAAGUCUGGGUUAUGUUAGCUUACUGAAUUGAUACUUUGUCCCCCCUGUUGUGAAUGACACCCUGAUCCAACCCUAAUCAGAAUCAGAGGUAUUUUGAGUUGCUGUUUUUACCUUCAACUCAUAGCAAACGAAUUACAGAGUUGUGUAAUGUGUUCUCUAUCAAUCACUAAAAAGAUUACUCUGUAAGUUACCUGUUGCAUUUUCAAUCACAUUCAUUAGUCUGAGCCCAGUCAAUGUGACAAAAAUCAAAAACUUAUGAGCCAUCUAAUAAGCUGUAAAAACUUGUGGAUAUAGGAGUUGUACUGUCUUUGUUAUUAUCCAGUCUGGGUAGCUACUGCUUGAGGACAAUACUCAAACCUUAACCAGGGAUGUUCAAGGGUCACAACAUUGAGCUGCUAUAGUUACACAAGUGCUUCUGAAAGAUAGAUCUGGACAUGAGGAUUUGAUUUGUGGCAGCAUCUUUAAACCAGCAGUGUUUUAUUUGAGACGAGUAUUUAGAGUCUAAAAGCCAAAUCCUACAACUGUCACAUGCUUUGUUUCCGCAGCAGGCAAGUUAAAAACAUUGUUUAUGAAGUCAGGCUGUUAGGGCUGUAUCUCAGACCUCGCUCUCUCUCUCUCUCUCUCAGAGUUACUGGUCAGACCACAUACUUCUCAUAGUUGUUCUGCACAUCUUCCUCUGUCACAGUUAAUGACUCAAAUGCAAGUGUCAUACCUGGGCUAUGAUGAGGUUGAAGUUUGAAAAUGUGUCACUUUGCACAGGGCAGAGCUUAGGUUUUGUUCAUGAGUGACACUCGUUCCCUGGGGUGGUAUUUCACUCAACAGGAUCAGCAAGAUGUCAAGAAAAUUUAAGUUAAGUUUCUACAGAAUUUAGUUUCCAAGUGGAAAAUUUUGGCAUACCUUUAGUUUUCAGUUGUAACUGUCUGCAUAUCCCACCCCCUAAUUGUCAUCUUCCGGUCUGUACGAGAUAUCCAAGAGAGGAAAACACUUCUGUUUCACCAGGUUCAGCUGUGCGGAGCUGACUUUGCCAUGGCAAUAAUCAAAAAGCAGCCAAAACAACAACAACUUUAUCUGGUGAAAAGAUAAACACAGUUGGGCUGUGAAAAUGUAAUUUGAAUUUCAAAUUCAAACAAUAUCAUUACUCAUUUCAAUACCAGAGCAACAAGAGAUUAGUUUCAAUCACCUAAGAGAGAUUAUUUUGUGAGUGUUUGAUUUCCAACCUGCACAUGUAAGAUCAAAGUCACAGAGCAACAUUUGAUGUACUGAUAAUCUGUUAAUAUUUAUGAAAGGUAACUGUGCACCUAAAUUAAAAAAAUAAAAUCCUCUGAAUCCUCAUUUACAGUUCAGAUUUAGUGUUUUGUAGCCGGUGUGUCUCUAUAUUCUCCUACAUUGACAGUAGACUUCAUAGACAUCACUGAAGCCAAAAUGGGUCCAAAAAACAGACAAGCGGCUCAACCUUCUCACUUGGCUUGGUGUUCUGACUAUACUCUUUGACCUCCAAUUCGCAGAGUAGACGAGGUGAAGCCAGCUGACCCCACAUAUAUUGUUAAGGUGACCAUUUCUAAACACACACAGUGGGAGAUACAUUAAGAGGAUUUUUUAACAGGUUUGCUUACGGGUACCUCAACCUAAUGUCUAGGUCUAGUGUAUCUUCCCAGCUCUAGUACAUGCGUCCUAACAAUGGUUAGCAUUUAUUUAAAUUUUGCUCCAUGAAACAGCUGCUUAGCCGGGUAGUCUCACCACAAAGUGUAUAGUCAAUUUGUAUUCAUUGUCUUAAAGCUAAAUGCAGUGUAGCCUUAUUGACGUCACUCAUUUGUUUAUGAUGAAGAGUUAUUAUGAUGAUGGUUGUUGCCAUAUUGGAAAUGUUGACUCAAUCUGGCUUUCUAUUAAUCCAGAAACUGGCAAGGAGGUGGAGUCAGGGCGGGCCUCUAGUCUCCUGUCAAACAGCUACAGCAUGCUCAUCUAUUGGUCAACAGAUAUUGCACUAAUUAUGCUCCAUUAUGCAUAACCCUAGGCCUCUAUUGAAUCAAAAAGGUUGAUAUUCCCCUAAACAAUAUAUUGCAUUCCCCUCUACAAAUAAGAGAAAUUAACUAUUGAUGACUAACUAUUUUUUGUUGAUCCAGUCAGAAAAUUUGUAACACCUUGGUUUCAUUUUUUAACACCAGCUGUUGCCACGUGUUGACUCACUUGCACAUGAGCUGAAUCACCGUCUUAGUCGAGCAGGCCUGAAAUAUUAUUUGUCCAGUGACUUUAAUAUAAGCAGGAAUAUUCCUUUCAGAUUUCUAAAGAAUCUACAAAAGGAAAUCUUCGUCCACAUUGCCUACUUAACUCAGUAUUUGUCCCAACAUAACUUUUGUAUAGGUAAUGUUUUCCUCCCAAUAGGUUAGGAGUGUCACUAUGGCUGUCUUUAAACAGAAUAGGCAGAGCUACAACAGAUUCAUAUAACAAAAGAGACUUAGCAUUCAUUAAAUAAUCAAACAGAGCAUGCCGUUCCUGUAAAAGUCCUCCCAGAAACGUCCCUCAGCCUUAUAAGGUGUGUGCCAUCUGUGACUCCAAACAUGAACGCUUUGUACAGUGAGUAACACAGAUAUGUAACAGUGAUAUGCAAACACAUGAUGAUGUGUAGUGCAAAGCAUGUUGGGAAUGUCCCGGCCCUCUCUUGGCUCCUCUUGUCUCUUUGGUGGUUCCAAUGAAUGGGAUAAGUCCCAAUGACCAACCAGUUUACUAAAUGUUAUUUAACAAGCAAAUAUUUAUGAGGGUUGAGACAUUGUAUUCUUUGAAUACCAGGGUUGGAUGGCAAGUAAUAUUCAAGUGUCACUAUGGUAUGAAAUUGGGGAAUAAAUGAAUGCAGUGAAGAAUUUAUACGGAUAAAAAUGGUUUUGAAUUCAGAGGAACUGUAUUAAAUAAUAAGUAGGAAUGAAAAGUAGAUGUGACUGUGCCAGAAAUUUCUGUUCUUUGAGUUGGGAGUUAAGGCUGGCUCCAAAAGCUUGUCAUAUUGUUAUUUCAACAAACUUAAAACGUCAUCGGUCCUUAUUAUAUUUUCCUCAGCAAUGGUCUUAAUAAAAGGCACAUUAAAGAAGCUGCAAAUGGGACAGAAAACAACCCAAAAAACAGCUAUUUAGAGCAACCAAAAGUUGCUUUAAGAAGCUUUGAAAUACAAGUAAAUUACAAUAAAUUGGUUACCUGUUUGGGAUUAUACUCCAAAUGUGUUUGUGUAGUCACCAAACAGUGAACAUUUGUCAUUUUCACUAGUCUGCACCAGUUUAUUAAGUUACACAUUUAUAUUUUGUCAUCUUAGGCCUAAAAUACCAGUAAUUAAAAGUGCCCCAGCUGAAGCUAAGCUUCUAUAACACAAUUUGAACCAAGGCUCUUAAGUUCAUGUCUACUGUCAUAAUGCUAUAGUGCUCCCUGGAUGAAAACAUGCACAGAUGACAGAUGGCAUCUUACAGUAGAAUGUGGUUUGUUCAUCUAGGAAAUGGUAUGUAGGCUGGGUCUAGUUUAACUGGCGUAUAUCUACUUGACUGGAGCAGAGUGCGUAACCAGCACAGGUAUGUGGAUGUUAACCUGUGUGGAGGACCAAAGGCUGGUGGUGCUAACUCUGCUAAGGGAAGCCAGACUGAACAAAUCAAUUUUACAACUGUUUAUCUCCAGACUUGAUGACAUGGUUCUGGAAACUUUGAAAUAUCUGUAAAGUUGGCUAAUUCUCUGUGGAGUGUGCUGUCAUUGUAUGAAAGUUGGUGGGUUCAAAGAUUCAAGAUUCAACCUCUUCCGUACAAUUGGAAAGGAUGUUUCUGUCCACCCCAUGGUGCAAAAAUAUAGAGCGUUUCUUAAAAAAUACAAAAAGUACAAUAGAGAGAAGUUUAAUUAUGCCAAAGGUUAGCCCCCUCCUGGAGCUAAAUUUCAAAAUAAACUGCAAGAUCCUGUCUUUGACAUACUGUACCAUGCACUGCAUGUUCUUUUUGGGAUCCUUAUCAUGGAUUCUACUUUAUAUCCUCUACUCAUCAAAACUCAACAACUUUGGUCCUUCAUGUACAUCUAGCUGAAAGAAAAGCGAAGAAAAAUACACUCCUGUAUUUAAAAGUAAAUGUCUGUUGGGAAAACCCAAGUUAGGGUUAUAUUUAUGUUGUAAUUCAUUUAUAAUUUACUGCAAUAAUUGCCACUGUUUUGCGUCUUGAAUUUUAGGAUCUGUUACUGAAAACAGCACAGGACCUUAUGUUUUCUAAAUCCGCUGAAAACAAAUCUGUUCUAGAUCUUGUCGUCCCCAGGAUGACAGAGCUGGCAGGCCUGUUUGGUCAGGUAGGAGGCUGUUGCUCCCUUUUCAGCCCCGCCCAGAUACCUGCUGACUUUGAUAUGCUCAAGUCUUACAGGCAGCUCAUCAGUCAGGUGUGUCUUUGCUCUCAGUGAGACUUGGGGGACUGAUGCAAGAUCGUCAGAGGACAUUUUGAUCUUGGAAAGAUAGGAAGAGAAAAAUAUCUUUCUCCUGUAUCUGUUUCUCAAGAGGGAUUUUCUUUUUUCACAGGCUUUGAACACUUUGAAGGGAAAUCUUGCAUCUUUACCAUUAUUAGAAAGGGGAAGGUUAAAGGAUCUAUCUGUGGACUGCAGCAGCAGCAGCCUGUAAAAAAUCAGGCCAACAAACAGGUGUGUUUGAUUUGUUAGUGUCACCAUAACUUUUAAUUGUUGCUUUGCAUUGCUGCUUUAUGGUUUGAUGUACGUAAAUGUAACUACUUUGACCCAGUAUUUUGAAAAGAUGUGCCCUUUUUAAUUUACAGUCAUUGUAGAAGCAGAUAAUGUGAUGUUAUAUGACAAGAGGCUGACAUGAAAACAAGCUUUAUAUUAAGUUAUGCACUGUGUCGCGUGAAAUGGGGUCAUUUAUGUGAAGUGUGAGUUAAAAUAAUCCCUUUGCAAAUGAAACAAAGUGACAAACUUAAGAGUUCUAACAAUGUUUUAGAGUAUUUUACAUCAUAUGUUAUGAUUUAAUAUAAUAUUUUUAAUAUUUGAAAUUACUCUAAAGGAUUCAAUAAUAGUGAAACAUGAAGUGUUGUUGACUUGGAUAUAUCAAUGUCUAAGUGUAUUUAAGUAUGAUAGAUCUCAAAUGUUAAAUGUUAGAUGUCAAAUUUUUCAGAUUAAUUCAGGCUGGAAAAAAAAUCAUUGUAGAUAUUUAAUUUCAUUAUAUUUUCCAUAAUUUAAUUUAAAUACUAAUCGAUAAACCAGUUUUUAUUUGGUGUGCAAAAUCAUAACACUCAUAAAUCCAAACUUAUCAGGUGUAGAUAUUUUUGUCAAACUAACAUCAUAAAUCUCAUGAUCUUUGCAUAAAGAGCAGGUCCAGUUUUUUUUUUAUGUUAUUGAUCACAGGCAGAAAUGUUGAGCAGGACCAGACUCAUUGGUGGAGAGCCAUCUGCCUCAAUGCACUGGACUGAGAAAACAAGAGACAGAAAGAUGAAAUAAUCUUUGAUGUUGAUGUUGAUCCAAAAGUUACUUAGGAGGAUUUUUUUUUUCGGAACGCCAUGAUGUGAUAACGGUUGCUAUGCAAAAGCGAAAACUUCCAGCAGAAUGCACUUAGGCUUAUUGACUGGAAAUUCCACCUAGAAGACUUCCUCAAACAGACUGUUUUCACCUGCUGGAUGAGAAACAGGAAUGCUAGCGAUGGAGGGAGGGAGGGAGGGAGGGAGGGGAGAGAAUCUAUUGUCUGUGGUUUCAUCCUAAUUAAGUAUUCAUUGUUGUCCAUCUGACCUCAUGUCUCAGGCUUUAAGGCUUUGGAAAGUUAAAGGAAGUUUUCUGUUGAACUUGCGUAAAGUUGUUUAUUUAAUACUUUUCUUAGCAAUAAAGGAAAUUUUGUGUUCUAUUUUUGACCUACAAGGCAAAGUGCAUGAUAUUAUUAGUCAAAUAUAAGACAGGAAAAAAACAGCUUGAGACAAUGCGCAAAUCAGCCAAAGAAGGAAUAACCACCUGACACUUUUAAGGAUCAAAAAUUCAAAGAGUUGACUAAAAGGCUAAUUUUCUCAAACUUUUAAAUCAACUUUAGCUAAGUGUUGGUAUUUUCUGGAGCUUUAACAUUUUAAUUUCCCCCAAAAUGAGUCAGUUCUUGAUCAACAUUGUUCAGCAGUUUAAUUCUUAUAGGAAAGGCUUAUUUUGAUUCAACUUUCCUCUGAAUGCAUCCCUGAAAAAAGAUCCAACAAACAAACAAGCAGCAAAAUCGUUGGAUCAAGUCAUUCCAUUUUAUUUAGUUCAGUAUUUACACCUAAUAUUUUCCAUAUGCUUGUUCUUAAGGAAGAAGCUGUCCCCAAAAUUUUAAGAUAUCGAUAAAUCUGCAGAUUUGUCGUCUGUUUCAAGUAAAUUCCUUUCUAAAUUGUUUUUAAAUUGCACGGGGACCAAAGUUCAGCCUCAUGAGAAUUUACAUGGGUAUGCGUGUUAUUUGACCUUUUUUUUUUUCCCUUGAGAUUUUAUUGGGUAUUUUAGAGCGGAAAAAACAGCAGUGCAGAACAAGACUGUCUUAGUUAGUAACUCUGUUCGUAAUAGUCGGUGUGCAGGAUAUUUUUAAAUGUCAUUCUAUGAUUGCGUGAUCAUCGGAGCAGAUGACACACUAGUCCCACUGGCCUUAAAAAACCUUUAAGAAAUUCUUCAUUAUAUCAACCCUGUUCAAUCUAAAACCGACUCUACACUUAUUGCUGUUUCAACAGUUCUUCUCAUUAUGCCUGUGCCAUGUGUGUUUAAUGUGUUUUGAAUGUGAGUAUUUUCAUUGGGCUCAGCCAAAUAAGAAUUGAUCUAUCUUCAAAAGGAGGUCACAGCAGUGAAAGUUAGCGGGGCAAACACUAAGUAUAUUCUCUACUCUGAGUAAUACGUUGUCUAUUAUUUCCACCUCUGAAUGCACAAAUCUCUUUGUAAUUGUUGUGGCAAGUUCUGCCUUUUUAUUACUGUAUAUGUAUGUUUGAGAUCAUUAUAGGUUGUCUGCUGUGGAUGGAUCAAUCUGUAACUAUGGAGACGUGAUUACAUUUUUGCAGCGACAGUUCAUGUUUUCUGGAAAAAAAUCCUAUGCCCUCUGUUAUUUUAUUUUGAUUCAAAUUUAAAUGGGACUAUAUGCAACGGCAUAAAUCAUAUAUACAAAGAAGAUAGAGGGAUGGUUGAGCUCUAUGAAUUUCCUGUCAUUCUUGUUUUAGCAAGCCACCCAUACAAAGUGACCUAGAAAUAGAUGUGAGUGGCAGGAACUGCUGGCCUACUUAGACUUUUAAAACCAAUGAAUGUGUGUCCAUGAAGGUUAUUGUUAUUUUAACGUUGAGAGAUUGAAAAGAAAGCAAAGAACAAAAGAACCAAAGUUUGACUAAAGUUUAGCCUGGUAGCAGAUAGAUUAAAGUGUUUAGAUUGUGGAAGAAUCCUAAAAUAUUGGAUUUCUGGUUGCAAUGUAAUAUCUUGACACAGUAGUGGUUGUGUUGUGCUGAUAGGAAUUUGUUGUUAAUGGUAUUUUCUUAUCUCCUUGCUGGAUAUACAUUGUAAUCAACUUUCAACUACAAGAACUUUCAGUGGUAGCUGUCAUUAGAAGUUUUAAUCAAGCUUCCCAAAGUCAAAAAAUGUAUUAAAGUGGUGAGAUACAACAAAUAAAUGUAUGACAGAAGUUUUGACUCACUGAUUCAAAUUAGUUUAGACUCAUGGAUUCUGAAACAGGUUUCGUAUAAGAUUUUCAUGAACAUGCUGCAACAUUUAGACAUUUUGUUUGGGGAAAAAAAGAAAUAUUACCAAUUUUUUUGUGUCUCCUUUUUUUGUCUGUAUUUCAAGAUCUCUUAAAUGGUCACAAACAUUUUUCAGGUUUCCUUUCAUUAACAGGAAAGCUAGAUAUUUUAUGGCAUAACAACUUGAGAUUCGAUCUCAUGUAGAAAAGAAAAAAGCUCUUCAUUUUAUUUCAUGUAACUAAUAAAAUGAGCAGCUGCUCUCUACUGCUCUCUUUGCUUCAAAUGUCUUAACCGUCUCUUCUCUCUGUCUUUCUGUCCUACGCAGUGCUGUCCACUUUGCCAUGAGACACAACCUGUCUUGAAGGUGCUCGUUUCUCCAUGCAGCGUUAUCCUCAACACAUGGUCCCUAUGGACCCUCAGGUGUGCCCGCCCCCUCUGAACAGCAGCAGCCAGUCAAUGAUCAGUGGUCUCGACAAAUCUCCAGCCAGCACAUUCAAACCCGGCCACUCACGAAGCAGCAGCACAGGCUCCUCUAAGCAAACAAAACAGGUACGAAACCAAACAUCAAGUAAACAAUUUGAUCAGUUUUGUCAGUUUUAGCUUCUUUUUUCUUUUUACAUCUUUUUACAUCAGAACCUCCCAUCUGUGAAGCUUAACUUCUGCAAACUUUUUACAAAAUUUAAAUGUUGUCUUUGCCCAUUUUAAUUAUCAGAGCAUAUAAGAGAGACAGAUUCAUGUUUGUUGUAAAAGUUGCUGAACUAUCCUUUUCCAUCCGUGUGUCUCUCUUGGAAGUGAAAUCCAAGAUUACACAACUGCUGCUGCUCUUUAGUAAUUUUUAUCGGCCCGUCCUUCUGUGUUUCAGUCUCGACACUGGGAGGUCUUGGACGAUUUGCAAAACAUGGACAUGUACAAUGUCCCCGGUUCAACUCUGGAUCUCAGUGUUCCUGGAAUCUGUGAGGGAUACCUGAUGAAGAGGAGGAAGUACCCACUCAAAGGAUGGCACAAGGUGAGAAAACAACGGGUUGUCAGGUCACAGAUUUGUGCUGGGUGAAGUUGUCCAUUCCUGCAUGUUUAAAUCCUGUUUCUGCAGGGCCAACAGUAUUAAAAUAAUGAAGUAUCACAUUAAAUAGAUUCAGGAUAGAUCUGUCCAAAACAACGGCCUUCAGAAACCGAACUCUGUUUCUUUUCAAUCAUUUGUUAUGGUGGCAGCUCCUGGUAGAAAACCUGAUACUUUAGUGCAUUGAAUAACUAUAAAAUGAAAUCAAUUGUGAUUUUAUUAUUGGACACCUGGUAUUGAAAUAGCACUGAGUAAACAUCAUUUUGAUCACUGAAACUAACAAAAUUCAACAAAUAUUUUGUGUAUCAAAAAGUAACAUACUAUCUUGACAGUUAAUCCGGUAUUUUAUAAAACAGUGGUAACUUUUACCUGUCAUCCUUUCACCUGUUUGCAUUACUGAGGCACUAUAUUGUUGUGAAAUUAUAUUUAAAUCAUACCUUCUUUUAGGUUUGCAUGUAAAAGCUUCAAAAAUGAGUGUGUGCAAAUCAGUUUUUUCUUAGCAACUCUUGCAACAGUAAAGAGCACUAAAACUAUUCUGCACUUUCAUGAAGGUGAUUGAUCGACUUUGGUCUUUUUCAGAGGUACUUUUUGUUGGAGAAAGGAAUUCUGAAAUACAGCAAGACACAACAAGAUGUAAGUGAGAGAAAUGCACUUCCCACCUUUGCACUGUGUGAUUGAUCCUCCUUUAUUUUAGACAUUAUUUAACAGAUCAAAUAGUUAGUAAUUGAGCUUUUCAAAACAAGGUUUGUGUUUGUGUUUCAGAUUCAGAGAGGGAAGCUUCACGGCUGUCUGGACGUCAGUGUGGCUGUAAUGUCCAUCAACAAGAAGUCCAGACGCAUCGACCUGGACGCUGGAGAUAACCUCUACCACCUUAUGGUAGCUACACAACACCGUUCAGAAAGGCCUCAUAACCCCUGAUACAAAAAUACCAAAUCACCAGAUUUCUUAGUGCAAAUCUUGAUUUUAAAAAGCUCACAAAUGAAGCAAAAAUUCAGCCGUGAAUUACUUCUAUCUAGCAGUCUAAUAAUGUCUUCAAACUAUUCUAAAUAUCUUUUACUUCCUAAUACACGUUUUAAAUGUUGUUUCUUACUGAUUGUGCCAAUUUAGUAAAUACGUAUACCCCCCAAAAUGUGUUGUUGUGUUAAAUGUAAAUAAAGACAGGUUGUGAUGGUUUGUAAAUCCCUUUCAUUCUUUGAAAAUAUUUCAAGUUUUUCAGUUCAGUUGUCUCCAUUCUGUUGAAAUGCAUUGCUAGUAUGAAAUUCAGAAUGAGAACACAUUUUUCGUAAAAGAGUUUUAAAUAGAUAUUCUACCCCAAAUUAACUGUGAACUUUUUAAAUCUUUCUUUGGUCUUAAUAGCAACUUAUUUUUCUCACUGUUUGGUUUUCUUUCUCCUUCCUCUCCUCCUGAAAGGCAAAAAGCCAGGACAUCUUCUACAUCUGGUUGACUAAACUGUGCGCUCAUCGAGUCUUCAGGAAAAACGAGGCGAUGAGCGUCCAUCACGGCGUCCUUCAUGCACUCUCCUUGGGCUCAAGUAACCUACCCACCAUGGCUUCUCUGGCCCAGCAGAACAGAGUCAUGGUAGGUACAGGUUCCUGAGCUGAUUAACACCAGACUUCCGCUAGUUCAGGAUUUUGGACAUGUGGUGUAAAUGUUUCUGCCACUGUUUUUUUUUAACUUGAUUCUCAUUAUGAUGUUGUCCAGCCUUCUCACUACGCCAGCUCAGCAUCCAUGUACCAACCAGAAACCAUAAACCCCGCCCCCGCCAUCGCCACCCCUCCGGCUGUGACCAACAAGGUGUCAGCCUGGCUGCAGCAGACCCACGACAUCGAUGCAACCUCAAAUGGUGAGAACGAAUCAUGAUGGAAAAAACUAUCUUAAAUCUGUAUUUUCUGAGUUAUUCACUGCAGCCAAAAUGUCCCCUCUUAUCUGUGACCUUUGACCCCUCAGACCUUGCACGCUGUCAGACCGAGCUCACUGAGCUGGCUCAUCUCAUUCAGCGUCUCAACUGGCUGGAAGGAGGUUUGCCGAUCACAAACACAGACCUGGAGAUGAGGAUCAGUAUGCAGGUGAGUCUACAGGAAACAACAGUCAGUAUCUGAUUCGGAAUGGUCGUGAAGACGCUGUAAUAUUUUGGUCCGUAAUUUACCUGAAGAUUUUCAAAAAAGAUUUAACUUUUGUGGGGGAUUUUAAAGAGACUAUAACAGUGUGCUUGCUGAGCUAACAGGCUGCUGACUGGCAAAAGGCCAUUUCCUUCAUUUCAGUUUCUUUCAUGGUGAUUGCUGAACAAACUUGUUGAUCAAGUUACAAUGGGGGCUGUAAUGGACUGUGUUAUUCUGCUCAAAUAUGGUUAUAUUUUAUGUUCAUUUAGAUGAUCAAUUUGGUAUUGAACACAGUCAGAUUUUUUAGUUAUCAGACACGAUUAGCGUAUCCUCCGGAGCUACAGGUAGACAUGCACUUCCUUGGUAACACUAGAGUUAUCAUCUGUAAACGAACCGAUCUACAAACACCAAGCACAUACAAGGUAUAAGAGCAAAACUGGAUGUAUUUGAUGGAUUUCCUUUAUUACAUAUUUUAGAAACAUCUCCUAAUUUAUGCGGCAUAGUUAUAAGUACAGAUAAACCCAGGAAAUAUAAAAAAAUCAUCAUAUUGUAUUGAAGGAGAAGUUCUAAACUUCUGUCUGUGUUUCAGAAUCUCUCUCUGGAGAAACCAAAGAAGAAGGCGGGGAAAGUGUUCGGUCACUCCAGGACUUUGUCCCGCGUUGAAGCUCUGGGAAUGGUACGACAGCCUUUUAGCUGAUCCUAAUUUGAUCAUUUUCUAAACAUCCUCUCCAAUGUUUCUAACGCCCAUCUUGUCUUCCUCAGUUCUCUUCCAGCCACCUGAGCACUAACGGCGGCUUGGGGGCGUCUGUUCAGUCCAUCCCAGACUACGUCUAUUCUCAGCUGUCAAACCCUCAGGUGUCCUCACCUGAAGCUAAGAAGCUCCAUCAGGACAUCUGCACGGUCUCUCAGAGAGGUGCCCCAUCCCUUACACCUCCUUUUUUAUGAUUAUUUAAUGAUGAUGGGUUUAAAUUAAGUAUUACUUAAUUACAAGUGUGUGUUUGCCUUAAAGUGCUGGAAAACCAGGAAAUCUUUGAUUAAAGCUGCAGUCUUUAAGAAAUGAAAGACUGUUGCUGUGAAAUGUUGCUAUGUAAUGGCUUAAUUAGAAUGAAGUGCUAAACAAAGCUCUCUAAUCAGUAUAGAUGUAAGGAAAUAAGGGAAUAAUAGGUUUGUUCUUCUCGUAGUUCACGCUUCCCUCAGGUCCAUCCACGAGGUUUUGACCUUUGAGAGAGAGAGACUGAGAGAGGCUUGGACCAGCCCAGACCUGAGAGAGAACACCUCACAGCAGCUCGCCACACUCUGCAGCACGCUGUCCGAGGUAACACAUGCACAUGCACAAACAAACACAAAGUAGAAGUAGGGCUUCUCUGAAUGUUUUUUCUUGUUGCUGACACACUGAAGGAAAAAACAAAAGUCUGACUGACAUACGUUUUAAGACCCAGUCAACUUUCCAUCUCUCCACUUGUUUAUUCACCCCUUCCCCUUUUUCCAUGAGUUGAAAAACUGAUUUAUUUACAAAAACAAAAAAAACAAAUGAGGAAGAAGAGUAUCGGCUGGUGGAGACAAAAGAGGCCCAGCCCUCUGUGUCUGUCUGUUGGUGUGUGAAACUGUUGAGCAGGUUUGGGUUGUUUUUUCAGGCACAAGUUAUCACAGGCACGUCCUGCAGGAACACACCUCGACUCUGUCUCUAAACACACACACACGCAGACACACACAAGUACACACAUUGAAACUGAGCAGUCUGACAGCAGAGCAGUGAUUUGGUUCUACCUGCUGUCAAACUGACGCUCUCAGUCACUUUUCCUGUUCUCUGUUGCACGAGGUUUCUUCUUUGCAUGUUUCCUGUCAGUGCUGCAUGUGACCUGCUAUCUUUUCCAACCAGCUGAACAUCAUUCAUCAUGACUCGGGGUUUUAUUUCUUGUUUUUUUUGUGGUUGUUUUGUUGCCUGGCAGCUGGCUGUCACAAUAGACUUGAGAAACAAACUCCCAAGUCAACAAUCAAGACCAUGACUGUUGGCUGUAUUAGAAAGUUAUUUCACUUGACCCAAAAGCAUGCUUUUCCAUUUAUACGCAGCAUUUUAAAGAUGUUAGCGACUCAUUUAGAUGUACUAACAGCUGCAAAUGCUCCUCACAAUUCGACGAUCAAGCAACGCGCCCAUGCUUAUUCUCUGCUUCGGACUCUUUACGCAUGUCUGACAGUUUUAUUUUUGCUCUGCUGUAUUUCCUCUUGCAUGGCUGAUCUGUGUAUGUGUGUAUUUCAUGUCUCGCAUGUGGUUGUAGCUUGAUAUACAGUCACGUCUGACCAAAGUCCACUCGCUUUCCCUGUCCUCUGACUCUACUGAGGAAUCCUUCUGCACCGUCCGUCCUGACCAGGUGUGUACUGCGCUCGGUGUCCACAUGUGUGAAGGUUGCUUCCUCUUUUUGUGCAUGUUUUGAUUUCAUUACCUCACUGUCACUCAUUUGCAUUUUCUUGCAUGCAACAUUGUUUUUUGUUUUCUUUUUAAAAUCAAUCUCAGAAUUUCUCUAAUAUCUCUCACAGCACGUACAAAUGAAUGACAGUGUUUUCAUGUCCUUGGGGUUCAGUUUUGUCUCUUCUUAUCAUAGGCAGGGCUGAAACUAUUGAUAAUAUCAUCAAUUACUCUGUGCACUAUUUCACAGUAUUUGAUUAAAAGUAUGGUCUACAAGAGGCCUUAAAGUGGAGAAAAUGAAUGAUCGGUUUUUCUCCUGAGUGCAAAGUGGCAUCCUCAAAUUGCUUCUUUUAUCAGACCUGCCACAACAACAACAAAAAGCUGCAAAUCAUCACAUCCAAACAGCAGAAAAUUGCCUCCUGAUGAGGAAUCAUUUAUCAAAAUAAAGCGUAAUCUGGGUCAGCUGUGGUCAGUUUGGAAAGUAUCCAGAAAAUCAGUUGUUGGCCAUGAAAAAGUCGUUCAUUUGUUAAAAUGUUGAUGAUCUGCGGCUUGUCCUAACACACUUGAUUCAUCAAGAAAUGUUGGUGUCAGUGUGACCAUGUCACUGUUUCCACCCAAGAUCUGGGAUUGCAAAUACAAAGCAUUUUGUUUUAUGAGUCAAAGUCAUUCUGCCUCCAACAACCAAUGAGAGGAGCAGACUGGGAAACACCACCAACCGGGUUUAACUCCUCACAGCUAUGGCAGUGAACAAAAAUGGUACCAAAACACUCUUGAGACUUCAUUCUCAAGUUUAGGAAAUAGAACAUUUGCAGUUUUUAUAAUGGGGUUCAAAUUAAAUAUGUCAAGAAAGAGGGAUGAUAAGAACACAGGUUUUAUUUUUACAUUGAAGAUGUUUUAAGAGAUUCACGGUGUCAUCUUAUACACUGAGAACAUGAAAAAAACUCCACCGUAAUAUUUCUGGCUGCUGUCAAACUGUGGACACAGACUGUGUGUUAGCAGCACAGCGAGUUUUCUUCAACCCUGGAAUUAUGGGGGAAUUAUGAGGGGCCUGUGUACCGUCUCAUGCAAGACAUAGGCUACCACAGUGAGGCUGAUGAGGAAAAGACAUGGAUCUGUUAAACCUCGGUUCUUAAGUGUGUGUGUUCAGAGGAUUGUCAUGUCAAGACCCUUACGUCCUCUAGUGUGUAGCCAGCUGAAUUGAUCAACUGUGACACCUGAAGAAACUAAACUGUUGACUCUGAUAUUUGGUCUUUUCUGGGUUCAAGUUGUUCCCUCCAUUCUACUUAAUUUCUGUUGGUUGAUAGUCUGGUUCCAAUUCAUACUCAGUACUAACUUUCUUUAACCUCUUCAACACAUUUGAUCACUGCACUCUUAAAUCUCUUAGACAUAAUCAUAUGGUAAAUGUGUGAAAAUAAACUGAUUCUGUUCACCUAACUCGAUGCAGACUUUUUCCAGUCACCCCUUGACUAAAAAGUGAGUGUGAUGUCGGGCUAAACUGAUAUGUGAAUGCUGCGGAGAAUACAUUCAAAGGGGAAGGUGACGGGUUUUUCUGUUUCACAGUCAUCAUGAUGGAGGACGUCCCCUCAUUACCUAAACCAAACUGAGUUUAUCAAGUUGUUUGUUAGAGUGCGUCUUCCAAUAAACUGCACAUCUUGAUGAUAUUUCAAAACAUAAAUCUUUCUGUCUCACAGAGGACUCCAUCAAUGGGUCGUCACAGUCACCGGGCGCCCUCGGUGGCUGACUCCAUGGCCGAGUAUUUCGACGCCAGCGAGGUCAUCAUGUGUGACACAUCAUCCGAGGCCGAGGCGUCUGAUGAGUCAGGUCUGAGCGACAUCACGACCACCAGCAACUCCGAGCCAGAGGAGGGUCAUGGUGAGUUUUUCCUCCAUCCAGCAGACAUCUCUGACCAUAAAACUAAAAAUUGUGAUCCAAUUAUCAGAGUUUAAGUCCACCCUCUCUUUUUAUUUCAGCCACUGCAACCCUCAACUACAGAGCCAGUCUGAACAACGCUCAGGAGAGACCCAGCCCAGUGCCACGAAACACAGGUGAACAAAUGCACAUUUAGACCUGAACGUAUUGUCAUAACAAGGCCUUCAAUGUUUCUUUUACUUUGCAAAGUAUUUAAAAGCUUUUGACAAGUGUCUGGAGGUUGUGUUGGAGUGAGGUGCUUUUUAUUCUUUAUGUGGGAAAAGAAUUGAAAUAUGACAUUAUUUUGAAAGCCUAUCUCCAAAGUAAGGCUAUGUUUGCACAUAGUUUUUUUCUUGCAUGAAGAAAAAUAACCCUGCAUCAGCCCAAGAAUCAAAGCUCUGUAGGAAAAGUUGAAACUCUUCAUCUUGAAGUUGUACCAAUGGAAGUCUUUAUCCUUCACUUUCAGACUCUGUUUAAACUUGUAUGUCUUUGUGUUCUUGUGAUCCAGGCCGUCGCACCGCCCUCCCCGCUUCAUGCACAGACAACAGCCACAUCGGUAUCAUGACCAUCCUGUACAACAACAUCGGGAAGGAUCUGUCCAGAGUGUCGAUGCCGGUCGCUCUGAACGAGCCGGUGUCUCUGCUGCAGAGACUCAGCGAGGAGCUCGAGUACACUGACCUGCUCGACAUCGCCAACCACAUCGAUGAUCCCUUUGAGAGGAUGGUGGGUUUUAGCCGCUUUACGUACAAUUAAACUUAAAGCUCCUGUGAAGAACUUCUAGCUUUCUUUGCUGAAUAUGCUUAAGUAGUCUCAUUUGACGAGAUCUCAUCUUGCUGACGUUUGAAGUCACUUAUUGUGAAUAUUUGACGUGUAAAAUGUAAAAACAUGAAUUAUAAGACAUUUCAUGAACAAAAAUUUCUCACAGGAGCUUUAAGUGAUCUUUUUUUCUUCCUUCCUGAACAUAAAUUGCAAAAUGAAAAAAUACAGACAUUUGUACUGGAUAAAUGCAGAGUAUUUUGAGUGCUUAGAAACAAUUGCAAAUUUCCAUUACACAGUUAAAAAAUUUAUAAUAUGGUCAACCAUCCAUGUCUUUAUCUCUUUUUAGUCGUCUCACAUAUUGUAAAACUUAGUGCCAUUGUAACGCUCACAAUAUGUCAGAAAUGUCUAAAAUCAUAGAGAUGUCAUACAGUCACUUGGACAAUGUUGUCUCACUCCUUUCUUUGUGUUUGUCCUCAGGUAUACGUGGCAGCGUUCUCCAUCUCUGGAUAUGCCUGGGCCUCCUGGAGGUAUCGCUACAAACCUUUUAACCCCGUUCUGGGAGAAACAUUCGAGAGUCACAGAGAAGACCGAGGCUUCCACUACACCAGCGAGCAGGUGAGCAGCAGAGAAACACCCCGAAAUAUCCUUGUAAACUUAAUCAGAACAAACCGGAACAAUAAUUUAUGUCCAUUUCUCCAGGUCAGCCAUCACCCACCCGUCUCCGCCUGUCAUGCCGAGUCAGAAAACUUCACUUUCUGGCAAGGUAGGAGUGUGAGAGUGUAAACACAGAUCCACCUGAAUGUUCUUUGAGGAGUCAAACUUGAAGCUCUGUUUCUUUCUGUCUUUUAGAUCAGAGAUGGAAGAACAAGUUUUGGGGGAAGUCGGUGGAGAUCAUCUCGUCUGGACUCGUCAAUGUCUCCCUGCCAAAGUGAGACACAGAUUCAGAAAUUAAGUCAAAAUGUGAAGCUAGACACACCUCUGCUUUCACAGGAAUAUAAACUGGAUUUGUGAUAGUUCAAGCAUUUCAAGCAAUUGUCUUGGAUACAAAAUCACCUGGGUUUGUAGGAACAGAAAACAAGGACAGACUCACUGGAUUUGAUGAUAAAAGAGAAUCAGCUGUAAAACAGUAAAUAUUGUGGACAUUUUAAAACCUGGAGUGCUUCACUGAUUUUCCUGGCCAGCCAGAGUGGUCUUCAAAGCUAAAUAAUCAGAAAAAAAUCAUCUUUUUUUUCAACUUUGUGGUUAAACAUUUGUGUUUUUGUGUGUUUUUUGUGUUUGUGUGUAGCUACGGUGAUCACUACGAGUGGAACAAGGCAGUGACGUGUAUCCACAACGUGCUGAGUCAGCAGCGCUGGUUGGAGCAUUAUGGCGAGGUCGUCAUCAAAAAUACAAAGAGCGACGUGUGCACUUGCAAGAUCACAUUUGUCAAGGUGACCAUACAUAACACACAUGCACACACACAAACACACGCACACACUCAGCUUCUUUAUCAAACCGUGUAAACCCUUCUAACCUCUUGGUUUUCGUUCUAUGCCUUAGUCUCGUUACUGGAGCUCUGACAGCAGUAAGAACGAGGUGCAGGGUGUUGUUCUGGAUCAGGCCGGGGAGGUGGUCCAUCGAUUCGGGGGUCUGUGGCAUGAAGGCAUCUUCUGCGACACGCUGCCGACACCAAAGUGCAUCUGGAAGCCCAGUAAGUGACCCUCCUCUAUAAGUCAGGACUUUUGUGGACUGCAGCUUCUCUCAUUUUUACCUCCAUUAGCUCACACUUCAACUCUGAGUAUUAAAGAUGUUCCUCUUUUUCCUAGAUGUGCAGCCUGAUGACCAUUUCCAGUAUUACGGCUUCUCUCAAUAUGCAAGAGAAUCAAAUGAACUGACGCCUGAACUGAAGGCCGUCCUCCCUCCUACAGACACUCGCUUCAGACCCGAUCAGAGGUACAUACAAGAUAAAAUCGAUUUAAACUGAGAGUAAAAAAGUCUGACGUUCUGCUUUGUUUUAAAUGCUCUGAUUUGAUCGUCUCUGUCAGGCUCCUGGAGGAGGGGAAAGUGGCCGAGGCUGAUAAAAAGAAGGAUGAGGUAGAGCAGAAGCAGAGAGAGAGGAGGAAGGAGAUGGAGAAGAGAGGAGAGGAGCACAUCCCCAGGUUCUUCAGGUGAGGAGAGGGAAUCUGUUGAUGUGAACGAAAGAGCAAUGAAGUUUAAUGUGUGAAAUACAAAUACACCAGCUUCAUUCUGUCACUGAGGCUUUUACAUGCAGUUCCUCUCAGUAUCUUGUAAGUAUGGAUCAACUCAGAUUAUUGCCGAUGCCUGACGCUUCCAAUAGAGCUGUGACAAAUACCAACAUUGAUGAUAACCAUAUUUUUGGAAAUUUCAACUGUUGAUGCCUGUUAGAAAGGAACACAGGAUUAUACUACAUGAGUUUAGUUCUUAGUGGAGGGCAGUAAUGGCUUUUCAUGCUGUUUGCCAAGCAAAAUGGAGGGAAGACGAGGAAGAAGAAUCAGCUGCUAGUGAGCUAGUUAUAGCAGCUAACUGUAUUGUGACAAUGUAAGAGUUUCUGCCUCCUCUGAGAUGUCUCCAUUUUUGUUGUUUUUUUUUUGUCACUGUUGAAACAUGAGUAUCUGUCUUUUUUUUGGCACCCAGCAAAACAGCAAGAUGAUAUUUCAAGACCCCGUGACAUCUACUGCCCUGUAGUUGUGAUUCGUGUUUCUGCUCAGUUUUACUUCUAGUCCAUACCCUGACAUUGUUGUGAUGUUGGAUCUAAUAGGGUGUGGUACAGUUUUAUAAUUGAUGAGAUAAAUCUACGUCUAAGGUAACAGCAUUUACUCACUGGGUUGUUGGAGAGCAUCUGUUUUGACCUCAGCAUCAGCCGUUUCUCUUUUCGUCUGUCAACAACUAGACUGGGCCUAGUCAGCAUACAUGUGGCAAACUAUUCCCUCAGAUAUUAAUGCUUCAUAAACUCGGAUCGUAUCUCUUCGAAGUGAUCACAUGAUGGUAAAUUUUUCAUUUAUGUUCACAGGAAAGCUGUGGAUGAAGCCGGCAGAGAGGUUUGGCUCUACAACGGGACUUACUGGCAGACCCGUAAAGACCCGGGUUUCGCCUACACUGAUAACCUGGACCUGUGGUGCUGAAGCUGAAUGACACUUUAAACCGAGAUAAACACACGAUAAUAUAAUGAAGAGGAUUUCAAACCUCAGUUACUGGAAAUGAUCAGCUAGAUUUAUUAUUAUAAUCUGACAUUGUUAAAGGAAAGGGGCACAGAGAAGCAUAAAUGAACCUCUGAUUGGGUGAUUUUUUUAAAACUGUAGAGGUGAGAUGCCGUUAUUAAACAUAUGAAGACUCAUUUUGAUGAAGCCGGAUGUCUUUUCAGCCCUUUUGUUGACCUUUACCUUUAAUAGAAAUUUAAAAUAAUCAAUCGUGAACUAAAAUAUUAACUUAAUAGCUAGUUUUUUAAAUCACUGCCCUUUGUAAAACCGUGGGUAAAAAUCGUUUUUCUGCUCAGGAUAGAUGUCACUUAAUGUAUCUCUUGUAAGACUUUAUGUUUUUAGUUUUGACAUGUCUAUAUAAAUAUUUUACUCAGGCUCUUUUUUGCCUCCUGCCGUGGAUUCAGAACACAUGGAGGUUUUAUUUUGGGUGUGUUACAGGUGAACUGGUGCUGUCCUGCUCUCUUUCUUGGUGGGUCUUGGUGUAUAGACUUGUUUCUUUGUAAUGUCAGUGUGUGUGUUUUACAUUUGAUAUAACACACUGGUGAUGUAUCCGUUUUCCAGAUGCAGGUUAAGUCUGUUAAUCCUGUCAGAUUCUUUUAAAAAUCAACUCAGUCAGUCAGGAGAGAGAAAGAGAAAUCAAAAUGACAGACAUGAAUCGUGUCUCUUGAAUCUUUUCUGCUCAGUUGAUGCGAUGACAUAUUUUUUUAUUGAUGUUUCAACAAAUGAUUUUAUUAAGGAAAAGAAACGACUGUUAAAAUCCAGUGUAAUGUUUUUUUCUUAGUAGUUUUGUUUCAAAUAAAAGAUUUCAAAAUCA